UAAAGGAUUUGCCUGUGGAUUCACUAUCAUGUCUUCUUUGACCACGCCCCCUACUGACGUCAUGGAUUCCGCUAUGAACAUCACGUCCAAUCAGUCGGAGCCCCUUGAUUACAGCGGUAUCGCCUACCAGGUCCUGAUCCCAACAGUGUGGGGCAUCAUCGUGUUUGUCGGAGCUGUGGGGAACGUCAUUGUCAUCUUCACUAUGUGCAAGCAUGGAGGGAGCUCUAUGCCAAGAACGGCCACCAACUGCUACAUCAUCAACGUGGCCCUGGCUGACCUGGCCUUCAUCAUCAUCGUGGUCCCCAUCACCACAGCGGCCUACGUGUCCGUCAACUGGGAGUACGGGGAGGCCAUGUGCAAACUCAACAUGUACAUCAUACAGGUUGGUACAUCAGAUUAUAUGUCGUGUUCUGUAUCACACAGUUUAUGUACAUUAUACAGGUUGGUACAUCAAAGUAUGUGUCGUGUUCUGUUGUACAGUUUCUGUACAUCAUACAGUUUCUGUACAUCAUACAGGUUGGUACAUCAAAUUAUGUGUGUUCUGUGUCACCCAGCUUAUGUCAUUGUACAUCAUACAGGUUGGUACAUUAUGUGUCGUAUUCUGUGCCACACCGUUUAUGUACAUCAUUUAGGCUGGUACUUCAAAUAAUUGUUAGGCAUGGUGGUGAAAUCAUGCACCCGUUGUUGUUGUUGCUGUUAGCGAU